GGGGUUAAGUUUUACCUACAUAUCUAGAGACAAUCUAUAAACAUCCAACUCAUGGACAGAGUUCUAUUCUUAGUUUUAUACAUAAUAAUAUCUUAUAUUGCGAGGAACGCUCAGUUCUCCUUUAACCUCAAGUAAAUGUGUUACAAAAGUGCCAUGGUUUCUCUAGAACGAAGUUCGUGGUUUAUUUUUUGAAUAGUCUACAGUGUGAAUCGCGAUGUAUGGAACCCAGGCGCAGGCCGACCCUGGGCGCGUCAGCGUCGGCGUCAAUAGUACCGGCGGCGUCAGCGGCACCGGCAACGGACCGGUCUACGUCUCGGAACCCGCUGAUGUCACGCCGGCACCAUCUACAACAACCAGUUGUGAUUUCGAUGAGGACGACGAAAUGGUGACGACCGAGCGCGAACUGGCCGAGGACGCGCAGUGGAAGAAAAUACAACAGAACACAUUCACCAGAUGGGCAAACGAACACCUAAAAACUGUUUCCAGGCAUAUCGGCAACCUGGAAACAGACCUCAGCGAUGGACUGCAGCUGAUAACACUCAUAGAGGUGCUUUCUGGUAAAAGACUACCAAAACACAACAAGAAACCGUCAUUUCGGUCCCAAAAACUUGAAAACGUUUCCGUAGCCUUAAAAUUUCUUCAAGACGACGAAGGCAUUAGAAUCGUUAACAUUGAUUCCAGUCAUAUAGUAGAUUGUAAGUUGAAACUGAUAUUAGGAUUAAUAUGGACACUUAUCUUACACUAUUCCAUCUCCCUGCCCAUGUGGGAAGGAGAGGACGAUAUGAACAAUGGGGGUACAGAACCCACACCAAAGCAAAGGCUCAUGAACUGGAUCCAGACUAAGCUUCCAGAUUUGCCAAUAAGGAACUUCACGACUGACUGGAACGAUGGCAAAGCCGUAGGAGCUUUAGUAGAUGCAGUAGCACCUGGUCUAUGCCCUGACUGGCAGGACUGGGACUCCAAAGACUGUUUACAGAAUGCGACUGAAGCCAUGGAUUUGGCUGACAAUUGGUUAAAUAUUCCUCAACUGAUUAAACCAGAAGAAAUCGUAGACCCAAACGUUGACGAACAAUCAAUGAUGACUUAUCUAUCGCAAUAUCCAAACGCCAAAAUCAAACCUGGCGCUCCACUUAGACCUAAGAGCAAUAUAAAUAAAGUUCGAGUUUAUGGCCCAGGGAUUGAGCCAACAGGCCACAUGCUAGGCAUCCCAACAAAUUUCACAGUGGAGACAUUCGCUGCAGGACAGGGCAAGGUCGAUGUGAUAAUAGAGGGUCCUAGGGGUCAAAUAGAGCCAGUAGAUGUUAGAUUUAACAACGACAAGAAUCUCACUUACACAGUAACGUAUACUCCGAGGCAUGAAGGAACUCAUAGGAUUCACGCGAGGUUUGCUGGACGAGACGUAGCGAAGAGUCCCUAUAGUGUCAAAGUUGAAGGACAGGCUGGAGAUGCCACUAAGGUUACUGUUAAUGGACCGGGUUUGCAGCCCGAUGGGGUAUUUAUCAACAAACCUACGUAUUUCGACAUAAACACAAGAAAUGCUGGUCAGGGAGUACCAGAAGUAAUAAUUCUUGAUCCGGCGGGUAACAAAACAUCAGUACCAGUCCAGAUCCGCAAAACUGCUCCAGACACAUACCGUUGCGACUAUGUUUCACCCACGACAGGCUUACAUUCCAUUAACGUAUUUUUUGCCGGAAAACCUAUUCCAAAAAGCCCCUUCGGUGUCAGAGUCUCGCCAGCUUCAGACGCUAGAAAGGUGAAAGUUUCUGGUAGAGGCGUGCAACCAAAGGGCAUUAGGGUCAAAGAUGAGACUGAUUUCACGAUACAUACUGAAGGUGCUGGAGAAGGGGUCCCUAGUGUCAGGAUCAUCGACGCUGAUGGACAAGAUGUUAACUAUAGUAUGAAGAAAAUCAACGAACAUACUUACAAGGCGUCUUAUUCGCCUACAAAGGAAGGCAAACAUGUCAUUGUGAUAACAUUUGCAGGUCAAGAAAUACACAAGUCGCCAUUUGAAGUAAACGUAGGUCCAUAUAAAGAAACCCUGAUCCGAGCCUAUGGUCCAGGCUUGGAGAGCGGAAUUGUUGGCUAUCCAGCUCUAUUCACUGUAGAAACGAAUGGAGAAACUGGUGCGUUGGGUUUCAGUAUACAAGGACCGUCUCAUACGAAAAUUGAGUGCCAUGAUAACGAAGAUGGGUCCGCAGAUGUUAGGUACUACCCUACAGCGCCUGGAGAGUACGCUGUUCAUAUCCUUUGUGACGAAGUAGACAUUCCUCAGAGUCCUUACAUGGCUCAGGUGAUCAACAGUGCUGACUGCCAUCCAGAAAAAGUAAACGUUUUUGGGCCAGGUGUAGAAUCAAAUAACGUUCAGAAGAACGUCCCCGUCAAGUUCACAGUUGACACUAGGGCAGCGGGUGUAGCUCCAUUAACCGUACAGGUGACUGACGGCAACCUUAGGCCAUUGGACGUGAAAAUGGUGAAAAAAGCUGACGGUGUGGUAGAUUGUACAUAUGUUCCAACAAACGGUAGCAGGCAUACCGUUGAAGUUAACUAUGGAGGAGUAGCUGUGAAAAAUUCCCCUUUCAGGGUGUAUGUCUCUGAACCUGUUGAUGCAUCCAAAGUUCAAUGUUUCGGACCUGGAAUCAAAGACGGCGUUAAGACCAAUACGCCAACUCACUUUAACAUAGACGCAAGAGAUGCUGGGGACGGUGAUUUGAUAGUACAUUUAGUAAACGAAAAAACAUAUGAACAAGUUCCGAUCAAAAUAACGGACAACGGCGAUAGGACGUACACAGUUGACUACGAAACCUGUAUCGCAGGCUUCCAUCUUCUUACCUUGCAUUACGGAGGCCAGAAAGUUCCCAGUACCCCAAUAAAAUUCAAAGUACAUGACAAUGUGGACGUUUCCAAAAUCAAAGUCGACGGACUUGAACAAUCGGCUCCUAUAAACAGCCUCCAACAAUUCAGAGUAAUCACUCAGGAUGCAGGGAAAGCAGAAUUCACUAUCUCAAUCACCAGUCCAUCAGGUAACAGAGUCAAGGCACACGUCAUACCAACUCACGAAGGCUACUUAGUCAACUUUACCCCAACACAACUUGGAGAAUACUUGUUAGGCAUACAAUUUGGUGGAGAGCCAAUCUCCCAUAGACCUUUUAAGAUGACGUGCUUGACGGGAAGUGACCCCAUGAAGGUUAAAGCUACAGGCCCUGGUCUACAUAAAGGCGUUGUAAACAAACCUGCAGAGUUCAUGAUCGACACCAGAGGCGCGGGUCAGGGGGGGCUAGGGGUCACAGUGGAAGGCCCAUGCGAAGCUGCAAUCAACUGUAGAGACAACGGAGAUGGAACCUGCUCUGUUGCCUAUUUACCUACUGAAGUUGGAGACUAUGGGAUCAAUAUUACCUUCAAUGACAAACAUAUACCUGGGAGUCCUUUCCAGGCGAUUAUUACGCCCAAUGUAGACGUGAAUAAGAUUAAGGUCUCAGGGGAUGGUAUCCAGCUCCAUGGUGUCUACGUGGAUUCACCGACAGAUUUCUUAGUUGAUACCAGAGGUAUCUCUUCAAAGCCUACAGAAAAUGGCAAAGUAACAUGUACUAUCACAAAUCCAUCUGGUGUUGAAACAGAAAAGCUAGUAACGCCUCUGUUAGAUGGCACUUAUAAGGUCAGCUAUACACCAUUUGAGGAAGGAAAGCACACGAUAGACAUAUUUUAUGACAAUAUGCCAGUACCGGGUUCACCCUUCGUAGUAAACGUUCGGAGAGGGUGUGACGCAAAGAAAUGUUGUGCGUACGGUCCUGGUCUGGAGCACGGAAUUUUGAACCAACCGAACCAAUUCACCGUGGAAACUAAAGAGGCGGGUACAGGAGGACUCUCUCUGGCCAUUGAGGGACCUUCGGAAGCCAAGAUGACCUGCAAGGAUAACCGGGACGGGUCUUGCUCUGUUGAGUACAUGCCUACUGAGCCUGGGGAGUAUGACGUCACGAUCAAAUUCGCCGACAAUCACAUUCCAGGUUCUCCUUUCAAAGUACAAGUAGAAGCAGAUGUAGACGAAAAAUUAGUAAAGGUCUAUGGUCCAGGUGUGGAUACAGCGAAAUGUAGGAGCGGGGUCCCUACGAAGUUCACAGUUGACGCUUCUAAAGCUGGUCCUGCACCGGUUGCUGUGAAUAUUGUCUCAGAUUCAAUGCCUCUUCCUAAAAAACCGGAAGUAAAGAACAAUGGCGAUGGAACCUUCACCGUAUCCUACAUUCCUCCUAAUGAAGGAGCGAACCUCAAGGCGCACAUUAUCUACAAUGGCAAAGACGUGCCAAACAGCCCGUUCCAUCUCAAGGUCAAACCUACAAGUGAGCCUGAAAAAGUGAAACUUAUCGGCCCAGCUAUUUUCGAAAAUGGAAUCCCAGCUUCGCUUCCAACAACCAUCAAAAUUGACACUAGUGAGGCAGGCUACGGAGACUUAGAAGUGAAAUGUACAGGGCCUGAUGGAAACGCUAGGAAUGUGCAACUAGAAAAACAAAAGGACGGGACUUAUGAUGCAACGUUUCUACCUGAUGAUUUUGGAAGGUACAAGUUCGAUGUUAGAUAUGGAGGAAAAAGUAUCACCAAGGAGCCUGUUUAUAUCCAAGCUUUCGCUACAGGAAAUGCGGAAAAGUGUAAGAUAACAGAAGGAACAGAAAAAAAUUUGAACAGUGGCGAAUCGUACUGCGUAACUUUGGAUACCCAGAAUGCUGGAAAUGGUGCAGUUACCUGCAAAAUUAAAUCUGUAGAUGGAGGAGAUGUGGAUAUAAAUAUCGUGGAUAAUGGAGACGGUACCGUCAGCAUCUACUAUACUCUUGAAGAAGCUGGAGAAUACACGAUAAAUAUCAAGUUCGGAGGUCAGACUGUACCUGGGGGCUUCUACUCGUUUACGGCAAACGAGGUAAAGAGCGAGAGAACAACCGUCCAAACAGACGCUGUACAACGCAAGACUUCUUCACAGUCCAAGAAACAGUUUAGGCCAGUUCACCUAGAUAACAUUCCUCUUCUGAACUCGACUGGAGGUACUGUCACAGCCGAAAUUAAAAUGCCAAGUGGACACGUCGACAUCCCCGUUAUAGAAGACAAUCACGAUGGAACUGUCACGAUAAAAUAUGAACCAAGAGAAGAAGGAAUCCACGAACUAGCUGUCAAAUUCAAUGGAGAGCAUGUGCAAGGAUCGCCCUACAAAAUACACGUAGAUUCUAUUAGUUCUGGAUAUGUCACGGCGUACGGACCUGGACUCACCCAUGGAGUCACUGGCGAACCUAGCAAUUUUACCAUUUCGACAAAAGGUGCUGGAGCUGGUGGACUGUCGAUGGCAGUUGAAGGACCCAGCAAGGCUGAAAUAAGUUGUCAUGAUAACAAAGAUGGUACAGUCUCAGUCUCUUACCUGCCCACUGCCCCUGGAGAAUACAAAAUCUCCGUUAGAUUUGGAGAUAAACAUAUCAAAGGUUCACCGUUCAACGCUAAAAUUACUGGAGAGGGUAGAAAGAGGAACCAAAUAUCUGUAGGUUCAUGCAGUGAAGUAUCACUCCCAGGCAAAAUUUCCGAUGCUGACAUUAGGUCUUUGAACGCUUCCAUUCAAGCACCAAGCGGACUGGAAGAGCCUUGUUUCCUGAAACGUCUUCCCACAGGAAACAUUGGCAUCUCAUUCACGCCCAGAGAAAUCGGAGAGCAUGUGGUCUCUGUCAAGAAAAUGGGCCAACAUAUCACCAACUCUCCGUUUAAGAUCAACGUUUGUGAGAGAGAAGUUGGUGACGCCAAAAAGGUGAAAGUAUCAGGAGCAGCGCUGAAAGAAGGUAAGACUCACCAAGAGAACCACUUCACAGUUGACACACGGAACGCAGGUUUUGGUGGUCUGUCGCUAUCCAUAGAAGGUCCUAGCAAGGCAGAAAUACAGUGCAACGACAAAAGUGAUGGUACUCUAGAUAUCUCCUACAAGCCAACUGAACCUGGAUACUACAUCAUCAAUCUGAAGUUCGCCGAUCAUCAUGUGGAUGGAUCACCAUUCACAGUCAAGGUCACUGGAGAAGGCUCAAACAGGCAAAGAGAAAAAAUUCAGAGGCAACGUGAAGCCGUACCAGUCACAGAAGUUGGAAGCCAAUGCAAACUUACUUUUAAGAUGCCAGGUAUCACCUCAUUCGACCUCAGUGCUAGUGUGACGUCACCUGGCGGUGUAACGGAAGAUGCUGUCAUCAACGAAAUCAAGGAUGGGCUCUAUGCUGUUCAUUUUGUACCUAAGGAACUAGGUAUUCACACUGUGUCUGUCCGAUACAAGGAUAUCCAUAUUCCCGGCUCACCAUUCCAGUUCACUGUUGGUCCAUAUCGCGACCAUGGUGCCCAUUUGGUGAAGGCCGGUGGCGCAGGACUCGAAAGAGGUGAACAAGGUGAACUUAACGAGUUCAACGUGUGGACGAGAGAGGCUGGAAGUGGCCAGUUGGCCAUUUCGGUGGAGGGUCCGAGCAAGGCUGAAAUCAACUUCACCGAUCGUAAAGAUGGGUCUUGUGAUGUUUCAUACAAAGUUUCUGAGCCUGGUGAAUACCGUAUUGGGCUGAAAUUCAACGAUGAACAUAUCCCAGAUUCCCCAUUCAAAGUCUACAUAUCGCCAUCUGUGGGUGACGCACAUUUGUUAGAAGUGGCACAUUUCCCAGAAGGAAACAUCCAAGCAGAUAAGCCAUCUCAGUUCAUCGUUCGCAGAAAUGGAGCUAAAGGUGACCUUGAUGCCAAGAUUGUUGGCCCCUCUGGACACGAAGAUGAUUGCUUCGUCCAAAUUAUCGACCAAGAAGAAUAUUCUGUCAGGUUCAUGCCCAGGGAGAAUGGUAUACACAAGAUCCACGCUAAGUUCAACGGGGUUCACAUCCCAGGGUCACCUUUCAGUGUGAAAGUUGGCAAAGAUACUGCCGACCCUGCUGCAGUUCACGCUUUCGGAAACGGAUUGAAAGAUGUUAAGACUGGUCAGAAGACAGAUUUCAUCGUGGACACAUGCAACGCUGGCGUGGGCACAUUAUCCGUAAACAUCGAUGGACCAAGCAAAGUAUCCAUGGAUUGCACAGAAGUUGAGGAGGGCUACAAAGUUCGCUAUACUCCACUCGCUCCUGGCGACUACUAUGUCAGUAUUAAAUACAACAACAACCACAUCGUAGGGUCACCUUUCAAGGUCACGUGUAAAGGUGACUCGAAGGUUGCUGACAUCGGUGGACAAGAAACAUCUUCAGUUUCUGUAGAAACGGUGGCCAAAGUGGGGAAAGCCAACAACAGCACAGGCCCUCUCUUACCCCAGUUCAAAAGCGAUGCUUCUAAAGUUACAUCAAAGGGCAUGGGCCUAAAGAAGGCCUACAUAGGCAAGCAGAAUCUUUUCACAGUAUCUGCUAACAACGCUGGUGCCAACAUUCUUUUCGUGGGAAUUCACGGACCUAAAGGGCCUUGUGAGGAAGUAUACAUAAAACACCAAGGACACAACCAGUACGCUGUUAACUACCUAGUUAGGGAAAGGGGUGAUUACUUAGUCUUAGUCAAGUGGGGAGAUGAACAUAUUCCUGGAUCACCCUUCAAAGUUGAAGUUUAAAGCUUAUAUUUUCUCAAAUUGCAGCACUUUGUUUUUCUUCAUAUUCUUCAAUAUGUUCUUGCUUCAGGCUUUUCGUUAUUCAAAUUUAUGCUAGCUUUGUAUAAAGUACUUUAUUCGUAUUAUAAGUUUACUGGAAGGAUUAUUUCAUUAAUACUGAAUUUAUUUUUUUCGUUUUUGUACAUAAGUCUUUUAUUAGGAUUUAAUUACGCCAACCGUACUUUCUUCCCAAAAAAAUUAUGAUUAAAUUAUCUACAUUUAGAAAAAUCGUAUAUAUGCCUUAUAUUUGCCUACAGGUAUUUAAAUAUGUAUUAUAAAAAUGUAAAAGAUAUUUUUUAAAAAUAAAUUUAUAUAUAGCGUAAUCACUUUUAUAGGAUUUUAAAUUAAACACGAAAAGAAAUAUUGGA